CUUGUCUUCCCAACCACCACUACUACUUGCAUUCGGAAGCACUGAGGAGCGGGCUGACCAUGCCAGCAAGGACCUCAGGGCUAGCGAGGCCCGCCAACAGGGGCUCCGCUCGCCCAAGCAGCCAGCGUCUCCAACAGCAGUCGUCUUACGGAGGACGCGCCGGCGGACGUAGCGGCGGUGCUCGUCGUGGCUCAGCGUCGACGAACAACGCCCGAUCCGCUCAAGCAAGCACGUCGAGGAGGGCACCACCUCAAGUGGAUGAGGGUGAAGAAGACGAGACCGGCGAAGCCUCUGAGGAUGCGAUGGACGAAGGAGGCGAUGCUGGAGGCGAGGUCGAGGUCGAGGAGGAAGACGAUGACGAUGCACAGGAUGAAGAUGAGGACCUUCGUGUCAAGAAGCGCGUCAGACUGCCUGUCAGCGAGGGAGUCAAGAAGCUUGUGAACGAGCUUGGCAAGCAGGAAAUCGAGCGCAAGAGCAACGAUCUUGUUCGUCUCGCCCUCUUCUCUGAGCAGCGACGUCUCCCCAUACGCCGCGAUGAGAUCUCAAAGAAAGUCCUGGGAAAGAACGCCGCCCGUGCCUUCCCUUACAUCUUCAAUCAAGCGCAGAAGAUUCUGCGAUCCACCUUCUGCUACGAAAUGGUCGAGCUCAGAGCGCGAGGGGCAGAGAAUGAGCAACUUGCAACUCAAGCGGCAGCUACGGCAGCCUCGAGCAGCAACAGGCGUGACAAGACGCCAGAGCGAGAUGAGCGUGCGAAGAAGGCCGCCGUGAGCAAGUCCUGGGUCCUCCGUUCAAUCCUGCCCGCUCCCGUGAUUUCAUCCAUGGCCGCGCAAGAUGCCGAGCUAGCAGCAGCAAUGGCAGACGAUGGCCUCAACGACGAUGACGAAGACGAGAAUCCAGCCGGCCCUUCCUCACGCACAGCCGCAAGCAGUCGUGCCCCAAGAGGAGGCGGGACCCUCCUCGACUGGAACAAGGCGGAUGGCCAACUAGGCAGUAUGGGUCUCACUUUCCUCAUCCUGAGUCUCAUCCUCCUCAACGGGCGUAGCCUGCCCGACGACCAGUUCCGAGCCCUUCUUCAUCGCCUUGGGUUGCAGAACACGAAACAGCUUCCCGAGACCUUGAGGCCCGACUCGGCAAUGCCUCUUGCUGCGGACGGGACCCAAGCCACGCAGCGUAACGCAUCUCGUAACAGCGAUGCCGCCGGAGGGGCGGCGACGGAUACGGUAGCUCGACCGAGCAGUCUGCAAUCUUUCCUCAAUCAGUUGCUGAAACAUCAGUACCUCGAGAAGGUCAGUACGGGCAUGACCAACGCUAGAGGCACCACGCAGCAGCAGACGCAGAGGGCACGUGGGGCGAGGAAGUCGGCAGAUGGGCAAGGGGACGAUCGUAUGGAGUGGCGUUGGGGGCCGCGAGCGGAGGUGGAGAUUGGAGAGGUGGCUGUCGCCGAUUUCGUGAGCGCCGUGUACGUUGAUGCGGCGCCCGGCCAAGCAGUUGCAGAGGAGGAGGUAGGAGAUGGCAUAGAGGCAAGCCAGGCACCAAUCAGUAGUCGUCGAGCCGGCAGGGCGAGCACUGGCCGCAGUGGGCGUAGUCAGACGACAGGCACGGCAGCAGCGACGCAAGCGCAGACGCAGAGGGACAAGCAGACGCAAGCGCUGAGGAGGGAAAUCGAGAGGGCUGCGGGGAGCCAGCUGAUCAUAUAGGCGCGAGUGAGGGUAGCGCAGCAGAGCCGCCUCCUAGAAAGAUCCCAAGUACAUCUCUUGAGCUUCAGUGAUAUCUCUUCUCAAUUUCGAUAGUCACCCUUUUCCCUCUAG